CUCUCUCUGAAAAUCUUGUUUUCUUAUUGGAAACGAUUGGAUAUUUUUGCACUAUUAGAAAAAUUAAUCGAACAGAACGGAUAUAAAAAAAAUAGUGAAAAAUACUUAAAAAUCAUUGAAAAAAUAGGUAUUAUCGUUUCAAUUCAACGGGGCAUUCAUAUCUAGUAGAAAUGAAUAUAAAUUUGCCAAAUUUCAAUGUGAAAAAUCUAGUAAAGGAGGCGGGGAGUACACUGUCUAGAGUGGUGCAGCUGACGGAGGAAAAGCUCGGCACAACCGAACGCACAGAAUACGACAAUGAGUUCCAAAAUCUAGCUGAACGUGCCGAUAUAACAAAAGCAUGGACAGAAAAAAUAGUACGUGACACUGAAACAGUGUUGAUUCCCAAUCCACAGAAUCGCAUUGAAGACUUCAUUUUUGAAAAAAUUGAAAAAACCAAGCCGCAACGCCUGAGCAACUUAGAGCACUUAGCGUUGGAUAUGAUUGAGGCUGGUGGAGAUUUUGGACAAGAUUUACCAUACGGCCAGGCUUUAAUAAAAGUAGGACAAGCUGAACAAAAACUAGGCCAGUGCGAACGUGAUUUCAUUGCUUCCUCCGGCAUAUGCUUCACUCAGCCUUUGCGAAAAUUCUUAGACGGCGAAAUGAAAACUAUUACGAAGGAGCGUGGCAUAUUAGAAACAAAGCGUCUUGACCUGGACGCAUGCAAAAAUCGCGUGAAGAAAGCCAGAAGUAUGUUAGGACAACAGACGAAAGAUGGUGUCUCCCCGGAGGCAGUUCUUGAGCAGGCUGAGAGAGAACUACGUGUCGCACAAGCAGAAUUCGAUCGUCAAGCAGAGAUAACCAAAGUAUUGCUUGAAGGGAUCAGCACAUCGCAGGCAUCACAUUUACGCCAUUUGCAUGCAUUCGUUGAAACACAGGUUCGCUACUACAAACACUGUAUAGACACAAUGAAUAUUUUGCAGCGCGAUUUGGCCAAUUUGGGAGGCCCGACCCCAUAUGCUCCGAUUGAUAUAUACAAUGAUGAUGAUGGUAGUGGCAAUCAUAGCGCCUCUAGUGGCAUUGGGCUCAAUGCUGGUGGCGGCGGCGGCGGUAGCGGCGCUGGCAUUGGUGCUGGUUCUGGCGUAGGCGCUGGAAGUGGCGGCAGAAGACGCAACCCAGGCGAUCCAAUACUCAACGCUGAUCAAAUGAGACGCGCACGGGUAUUAUGCGCCUACGACGCUAAAGAUCAUACUGAAUUGAAUCUGAAUGCCAAUGAGGUAAUUUUUGUUACGGAAUGCUCACCAGUAAAUCCCGAUUAUAUGUAUGGAAAGCAGGGUUUAUUAAAAGGAUUGGUGCCACGCGCAUUUCUUGAAAUGCUCGAAGAUGAAGAGAAUGACACCAAUAAUUUCUAAACAAAACAAAACAAUAAAAAAACAUUUAUUUAUGCAAAACUUUCAACAAAAACUUUUAAAUCCAGAAUUAACAACUCGUUGCAUAAGUUUAAAAAAUCAAGGUUAUAGAAAAUCAACAAAUACUCAAAAAAAUUAUUUAAUUUCUAACGAAAAACGUAUAAAAAAUUACCGUAACUACAGAGGAAAUAUUUAGCGGUAUAGAAGAUAAAUGUUAUAGAACCAACCAGCAUUACGGAAAUGAUCUACACAUACAGUACAAUAAUGACUAUGAAUAAAAACGCAUACAAAAAUAUUCAACAAAUUAAAAUGAUUAAUAAGGAAUUCAAUGUAAAUGUGUGCAACAUUGAGUUACGAGUAAACGUGACGUUAAAAAAUAGCAGUAGGCAAUUUUUGAAGUAGUAUUGCUUAUGUACGGUGCGAUUACUAUGUACAUUGGAUGUGAACGCAAAUGCAAAUCAUAAAAAUAUAAAAGGCUUUGCCUCCUGAUAAACAAUAAGCCGCAUGAUAAUCACUUCUAGCUAUAUUCAUGUUUGAAAAUGUAAUUGCAUGUGCUAUUUGUUGUAAUAAGUAUAAACCUUUCAAAUUUUAAAAGUCUUGCAAUGCGACCUCAAAAUUGGCGGUGAUAUUUUGAGGUAACAAUUUUCGAAAACAGUCAACUUAUUAACUUAAUUUUUAUUCU